CGCCGCAGCAUCAAAUAAAUCCUCAAAACCCUAGAAAUAGAGCGAGGCACUGAGAGCAAUAGAUCAAGUCUAUGGAGAAGAUGGAAGGAGAAGGUGGAGUUGUAGAAAAACCAAGAGAUAUCAGACGUUUUUACUGUGAAUUUUGUGGGAUUUGCAGAUCUAAGAAGUCUCUCAUCGCAUCUCAUCGUCAAACCCACCACAAGGAAGAGAUCGAAAUGAAUAUGGAUGGAAUUGAUGAACAAGAAGAGGCAAAAUCAAGUAAUAAUACUUGUCAAGAGUGUGGUGCUAGUUUUCAAAAGCCAGCUCACUUGAAACAACAUAUGCUGAGCCAUUCUCUUGAGAGGCCAUUUACUUGUCCUGUUGAUGAUUGUCACUCGAGCUAUAGAAGGAAAGAUCAUUUGAAUCGCCACUUGCUCCAGCACCAAGGGAAACUAUUCUCAUGUCCUGUAGAAGGCUGCAACAAGAGGUUUGCUUACAAAGGCAACAUGAAGCGUCACGUAGAGGAUAUUCAUGAUGAUGAAGGAUCUUCUUCUUCUGAUAGUCAAGGUCAAACACAGCAUAUUUGCCAAGAAGUUGGAUGUGGGAAGGUGUUCAAGUAUGCAUCAAAACUGAGGAAACAUGAAGAGUCUCAUGUGAAAUUGGAGUCUGUGGAGGCAAUCUGCUGUGAACCUGGCUGUAUGAAGUACUUUGCAAAUAAUGAUUGCCUUAAGGCUCAUGUCCAAUCCUGCCACCAACAUAUCCUGUGCGAGGUUUGUGGGACAAAGCAAUUGAAGAAAAAUAUGAAGCGGCAUAUGCGUGGACAUGAAAAUGAAGGCUCAUCUGAAAGGAUAAAGUGCAGCUUCAAGGGCUGUGAAUGCACAUUUGCAAAUAAAUCAAAUCUCAAUCAGCAUGUGAAGUCUGUACACCUUGAGCUUCGUCCAUUUGCUUGCCAGUUUCCUGGUUGCGGUCAGAGAUUUGCUUUCAAGCACGUUAGGGAUAACCAUGAGAAAUCUGGUUGUCAUUUUUAUGUCCAUGCGGAUUUUGAAGAGGCAGACGAACAAUUACAAAGUAGACCAAGGGGAGGACGGAAGAGGACUUGCCCGACUGUAGAAACUUUACUACGAAAGCGAGUUGUUCCGCCCAGCCACACUGAUUCAGUCUUGAACCAUGCUCCCGAAUACCUUGCUUGGUUACUAUCUGCAGAGGAUGACUGUUAGCCAGUUAGUUGCUGUUUAAGAGCCAUAUAGCUUUUAUUUGAUUACGAGGCUUUGGUAUAGUGUGCUGUCUCAAGAGUUUAUAUGUAAAAAGUAAAAACAAACAGUUCGAAAUCAUAUGUAAUAACUAGAAGUAAAUUACCACAAUCUCAUUCUCAUGUGAUAUAGUAUUAGAAACAUCUUUUUUUUCUUGGCGACCA